UGAGCGUGAAGACUUUGCGAACGGUUGCUGACAGCGGACCAUAGACCGCCCCAGAGACAGAGACAAAGACAGCCGAGUGAAAGAGAGAGCAACAAGCUUGCCAGUGGAAAAUUUAGUAACGAAAUGCAGUGAUCAUCCAGACAUUCAGUGAUCCAGCGAAUGCAACAGACAACUAUCUAGUAGCUACCAGUGUUUAAAUCAGUCGAGAAACAUUAAAGACUAUCAAUAAAUAUCAAAAAUCGACGAAACUCAUUAUGAACCACACAAAGGCAGUGAAAAACAAUUUAGACAGCCGAUAUAACAAAAGCAACGACCACUUUUGAGUGAAUCUAGUUUAACAUUUCGAAAAGCCAAAAACCAAAACAGCAACAAGUGAAAGAGCCAGACAGAGAAGGAGAGAGCGGCGCUCCGCGAGCCAGAACGAGACAGCCGACGACAGCCCGAGAGAUACUUUCGCAGGCGAGGUUGAUUUUUAGAUUUUUGCAUGCACACGCCAGCCACGAGCGACCUGUGAAAAGAUACAGAUACAGCUAGAGCUACAGCGCCAGCUACCAGCCUGAGAAGUAAAUCAUCCAUAUAUUUAUUCAUAUCCCAGGAGUUAUUAACGAGACAAGAGCCAAGAAAUGGAGUAUGAGAAAAUGCUGUACAUGCCGAGCAGUGAGAUGCCGCACAGCCCGCAGCUGAAACCACUUCAGUUCCAGGCCCAGACGCCGCCGGAUCAGUUCGCGUCCUAUGCCGAUCACUUCGACCUAUCGCUGUUGCCGCAGGAUCCCGCUCCUGCCCCCAUUCCCACUACUGUUUUCCAGUACAACGCCCCCCAGAUCAAGGUCGAGUGCGCCUGGGACGGCCCGCAGCAGCAACAACAGCAGUCACAGCAUCAGCAACAGACUCCUUCCUACAGGACCUCCUCCCACCAGCUGAUACCACCUCCGCCCGCCUAUCCGCACAGCGCCUACCCCUCCCCACAGUCCAGUCCCCUGCAGUCCGAGUUCGCCGCUUUUGGUUUUGGAAAAUUCGGAGGCAGCUACGACAGUCUUAACAGCUUGAGCAGCCCCUCCCCCUCGCUGGAGAUCAAGCAGGAGCUGCACAUCCUGCCACCUUCACCGCCUGAGUCCAACUGCGAGACUCCCUCGCCUCGCUCUUCCUGCGGAGAGAACAUAAAAUCCGAGCCCCUGGAUGCAGACAUUGAGAGUCUGAUUGACCUUAACUCGCUGCUCCAGCAACAGAAUAUCCAAAGCCCUCCAACUGACACCAAGCCCGAUCACCAAUUGCUCCGCGAGUGCCUGGAGGACACGAGCUUCCAGAAGCGGCACAAUCUGAAGCCACUGGCACUGGAAUCCUUCAUUGGCGGUUUGGCCGAGGUGCGUGGAGACUUUGAGCCUGUGAUCUCACUGGCCCUGGAGCAUGCAAAGCGGGAGGCCGACGCCAUUUGCGCGGAGCUGCAAAUAUCGCAGGAUCCAAAUGGCUGGUCGCCCGCCCAAGUUCAUGCAUGGCUUCGGUCCACCUUGGCUCAGUUUGGAUUACCCCCGGUGACCGACUUGGAAUUGCAAUUCUGCGAAAACGGCGCUGCUCUGACAUUACUCAGCGAAGAGGAAUUUGUCCGCCGCAUGCCUGAGAGUGGGAGUACGCUGCACGCCCAGCUGGAGAUUUGGAAGAUGGCCUAUGCGGACCAGCCCGCUCAUCAGCCGCAUCAGCAGAACCAGCAGUCACACCAGUCCGCCCCGGCUGAUCUUUGGCCUACCAACUAUGGGAUUCCCAAUUUGGACAUGGACUACAACGAGGACAGCGAAGAUGAUGAUGAAAUGGAGCCAGAGGUGACCGUCACUCCUGUCAACAGCAGCGCCACUGCAACGAACACGACCACGCCCACCCCAGGAACAAAGCGUUCAAACGGUUCACGUACUGGAAGUGGUGGAUCUCAUAUCCAUCUGUGGCAGUUCCUUAAGGAACUGCUGGGCGCCCCGCAGGUGAAUGGAACUGCCAUUCGUUGGAUCGAUCGCAGCAAGGGAAUCUUCAAGAUCGAGGACUCCGUGCGAGUGGCCAAGCUAUGGGGUCGGCGCAAGAAUCGUCCGGCGAUGAACUACGACAAGCUGUCCCGUUCCAUCAGGCAGUACUACAAGAAGGGCAUCAUGAAGAAGACGGAGCGAUCGCAGAGGUUGGUCUACCAGUUCUGUCAUCCCUACAGCCAAUAACGGUCCUUUACCUUUGGAUAAUCAUUAGUUUAGGGCUAUUUAUUGCUAGUUGUAAGGGUUGUCCCCCUUGUUAACCCGUGACCCAGACCCACCUUGUUGUCCUCCCGACUACGCUCGACUAGCCGCUGGGGCCUAGCGAGUUGUAGUUCCAGUAGUUCUUGUACAUAACACCCAUCUUGUUAGGCACGAAGGUAAGUUCGUGCAUCGAUUAAGUUUGGCUCUAGGCUUAAGGCUCAAACCCAGGUCCUCCAGGCGAAGGUAAGUUCGCCGGGGCAGAGGUUUUAAGUUACCCCCUCCCCUCGAAUUCCGAUUCCAGUCUAGCGGCAGUCUAAUCCGCAUCCUGCAGCCGGUCGUUCGACUGCAGAUGCGUAUGUUUUGAUUUACCGGCGACAUCUUUAUUCAACUGUUGCCUAAAUCAGCGCAGGAUGUCUCCCCGGAAAUUUCUUGCGGGUUUUCACACAGAGCUGGAGCGCCAUUAGUAGUCCGAGGCGAAAUUGGCCAAGUGUUCAGCUAACAGCUCUGUGAGAUUCCCCAAGUUCUCUCCAUUCUCGAGCAUCCUGUGUCGGGCAGCAUGAAGGUGUUGCGGUAAUUUUAGGAACCAUAUAUCUAUGAUAUAUCAAAAGUAAGUUCUAUGAACCACUUAAUAAGCGAACAAAUGUUAAAAAGAAAACAAAAGCGUAAUCUUAAGAGCCCCGAUUAGCCAUAGGCCUCCUUGAAAGUUUUUUCUCUUCACCACGCAGCCAAGUUAAAAAUCUUUCGACCUCGUCCGAUUUAUUUUGUUUCUAAAUCUAGUUUUAAAACCAUGCAUCGAUAUCAAUUAUUUAUUUUGUACCGGGUGGUGGUUUAAUUAGGAAUACUUUGUUUCCCCACAUAUUUUGAUUAUUUGCAAUUAGCAUAAUUUGUGCAUAAUUCUGUCUAGUUUUUCGUGCAUGUGACGGGUAGCGAGUUUAAGUUAAUUUUAAUAUUUAUUUUUCUGGCCAGGCCGGGCGUCUACAUUAUUGAAAGUCAAUUAUUUUGCUUCUAUUUGCAUUCGCAUUAAUGCAGGCGCUUUAAUUGAAUUAUGCAAUCGCCAGUUGGCAGCUAGGCUUAUUUGUUAACCAAAUAGAAUAGUUACAGUUUAUGAAAAUGAUUAUAUACAUACAUACUCUCACAAUUAAUUAGGAUGCGCACAUAAGCCGGCAUAGCUUGGUGACUAGAUUUAUGUAAGCUUUUUCGAAACUCGAAUUAUUUAUUUAUUUAUUCAACUAACAUAUAUUGUCAUGAUACGCUAUUUUAAAAUAAUAAA